AUGGCUCCCCAGUUCCUCAAGGCCCUCACUGUCGCCACGGCUCUCGGCGCUACUCUCGCGACCGCACUUCCGGUCCAGCCGAAACCCACCGUCUGGCACACUACCACCCAGGUCGUUGUCAAGACCAUCACCAAGACCGCGACUGUUCACGGCACUCCAGGACCUGACUACACUGUCCCGCCAGCCUACACCACGCCAGCUGCCCCGACUGUCCCAACUGACGCUCCACAGCAGCCCUCGUACACGCCAGUUCCUUCGGCUCCAACACCCUCUUCCAGCAGCUCUUACAGUGCCCCUGCUGAGCCUUCGUCCUCUUCCGUCCCCGCUCCUCCCCCACCGCCACCAACCACCACCUCUACUCCUGCUCCAGAGCCAACGACCUCCACCACUCCUCCUCCACCUCCACCGGCCAUGACCACCCCACCACCACCACCACCUCCACCAGCUACCAAGCCACCAGUUGUCAGCAUCCCACCAAUUGGCGGCGGAGGCAGCACCUACACUGGUCCAUGUGCUGCCGGCUCUCCUUGCACCGGUGAAAUCACCUUCUACGACGGUGGUCUCGGUGCUUGCGGUACCAACAUUGACACCAACGGCGAGGAUGCCAUUGCUCUCCCCAUCGAGCUCAUGGGCCCUCUCAGCAACAACAACCCAUACUGUGGAAAGCAGGUCCAGAUCUCCUACAAGGGCAAGACCGCUACUGCUACUGUCAAGGACAAGUGUGCUGGCUGUACCGGAAACAACAUCGACAUGACCCGCUUCCUCUUCUACAAGUUAAUUCGGUUCCCGGUGGCAUUUACUAACUCUUCAAACAGCGGUGUCGAGGCUGAUGGCCGUAUCCACGGUGUCGAAUGGCACUUCAUCUAA